GACUGGGGGGGCACAAACCACUCCAGCCCAAAAACAACCCACUCCAUGAAGGUGCAGGAAAACGCUAAUAAAGUUCAUACGACUCACGACCCCAGACAUGGUGCUUGACUUGCUUGUAGCUGUUGCUCUUUUCCGUGCUCACUUUUACCGUAUUGCUCCCCCAACAGGCAAAACUUUCUAUUCACACACACACACACACACACACACACACACACACACACACACUGACGUCUUUUGCGCAUUUCCUGCAUUAGAGGGAGAGAGAGAGACAGAGAGGUGGGGUGGUGCUACUCAGCCCAGCACCAAAGCGAGCCAGCCCCACGAGCCAUCCAGAAGGCGGUGGCCACCCUAUGCCGCUUGCAAUCUCCGAGCAGCCGGAUCCGGAGCAGUCUCUCCCCAUGUAUUGGAGUCGAUCCACUGGAUCCUUGGCCUUUGGGGAGGAGGAGGAGGAGGAGAAGGAGAGGAGGCUCCUCGAUCCUAUGCGGAUGUAAGGUCCCCGGCUGUGUGCUUUCUGCUCGGCGGCUGUGAAGUAGGCAGGGCUGGUUGUUGGCUCGGUGUUUCUGAUUUGUGUGCGCGCGCGCGCGCGCGUGUGUGCGUGUGUGUGUGUGUGCAUUGUUGCUGCUGCACACAGACAGUCCUAGCGUGUGCAAGAGCCCCGGAUCGCGGCUCUGCCUCCUUUGCACAGACUGAUCCAGGAUUAUGAUCUAGGUGAAGGGAAAAGUCUUCUGCCUCACCCCAGGGAUUUAGUAAUGCUCGGAUUUUGAUUGCAUUGUGGAUUUCUGCAAACACGGCCGUCUCCCCCUCCCCUCUGCCCCCCCCCCCUUGUUUUCCGUUAGAAAUACAGGCAAGAAAAUAUAUGUAUUCACUGGGUGUCGCAAGAGCAAAGGCUAAAUAAUCAGAGGUAACAGCAGCAGCAGCAGCAGCAAGGAGAGAGCCCCACACUGCCCACCCCCACCCCAAACGUGACCUCCUAUUUAUUGGUGAGAGCUCCCUCCCUCCCUGUGUGCGUGUGUUGUGUGUGUUGCAUCCCAGGAAAAGUGAAGCCACCCAACCAUGGUGGUUUUCAAUGGCUUGCUGAAAAUCAAGAUCUGCGAGGCGGUGAAUCUGAAACCCACAGCCUGGUCCCUGAGGCAUGCGGUGGGUCCCAGACCACAGACCUUUUUGCUGGACCCUUACAUAGCCCUCAACGUGGACGAUUCCAGGAUCGGGCAGACCUCUACCAAGCAAAAGACCAACAGCCCUUCCUGGAAUGAUGAAUUUGUCACCGACGUGUGCAAUGGCAGAAAGAUUGAGAUGGCUGUUUUCCACGAUGCCCCCAUCGGGUACGAUGAUUUUGUGGCUAACUGCACUAUCCAGUUUGAGGACUUGCUGCAGAAUGGGAGCCGUCACUUCGAGGACUGGAUUGACUUGGAGCCAGAAGGAAGAGUGUAUGUCAUCAUAGAUCUUUCAGGUUCAUCAGGUGAAGCACCCAAAGACAAUGAGGAACGUGUGUUCAGGGAGCGGAUGCGUCCCAGGAAACGGCAGGGUGCCGUGCGACGCAGAGUCCAUCAGGUUAAUGGACACAAGUUCAUGGCCACCUACCUUAGGCAACCAACAUACUGUUCCCACUGCAGAGAUUUUAUAUGGGGUGUAAUAGGAAAACAGGGAUAUCAAUGUCAAGUUUGCACUUGUGUAGUCCACAAGAGAUGCCAUGAGCUUAUAAUAACCAAGUGUGCUGGUUUAAAGAAACAGGAAACUCAUGACGAGCAAGUGGGGUCCCAGCGUUUCAGUGUCAACAUGCCUCACAAGUUCAGCAUUCAUAAUUACAAAGUGCCCACCUUCUGUGACCACUGUGGUUCAUUGCUCUGGGGUCUUUUGAGACAAGGUUUACAAUGCAAAGUUUGCAAAAUGAAUGUACAUCGACGCUGUGAAACAAAUGUGGCACCAAACUGCGGAGUGGAUGCUAGAGGAAUAGCUAAAGUUCUUGCAGAUCUUGGAGUCACUCCAGAUAAGAUCACUAAUAGUGGCCAAAGAAGGAAAAAGCUAAUUGCUGGUGCAGAGUCUCAACCGCCAGUUCCUGGAACCACCCCAUCAGAAGAAGACAGGUCAAAGUCAGCACCCACCUCUCCGUGUGAUCAGGAAAUCAAAGAGCUUGAAAACAACAUUAGGAAAGCAUUGUCGUUUGACAAUCGAGGAGAAGAACACAGGGCAACAGCAGCAACAUCAACGGACAACCAGCUUAAACCUGGGGAGAACGGUGAAAACGGGGAGAUCAAACAAGCCCAGACAAAACGAAUAGGCCUCGAAGAGUUCAACUUCAUUAAAGUAUUAGGGAAAGGCAGCUUUGGCAAGGUCAUGCUAGCUGAGCUAAAGGGUAAAGAUGAAGUGUAUGCAGUGAAAGUCCUGAAGAAAGAUGUCAUCCUCCAAGAUGAUGACGUGGACUGUACAAUGACAGAAAAAAGAAUUCUGGCAUUAGCACGCAAACAUCCUUACCUGACACAACUUUACUGCUGCUUCCAGACUAAGGACCGCCUUUUCUUCGUCAUGGAAUAUGUAAAUGGAGGAGAUCUAAUGUUUCAAAUUCAGCGCUCGCGCAAAUUUGACGAGCCUCGAUCCCGUUUCUAUGCUGCAGAGGUCACAUCAGCACUCAUGUUUCUUCAUCAACAUGGCGUCAUCUACAGAGACCUGAAACUGGACAAUAUUCUUCUGGAUGCAGAGGGUCAUUGCAAGCUGGCUGACUUUGGAAUGUGUAAAGAAGGGAUCCUGAAUGGAGUAACCACCACCACCUUCUGUGGAACCCCAGACUACAUAGCUCCAGAGAUCCUCCAGGAGUUAGAAUACGGUCCCUCAGUAGACUGGUGGGCUCUUGGUGUUCUGAUGUAUGAAAUGAUGGCUGGACAACCUCCUUUUGAAGCUGACAAUGAAGAUGAUCUCUUUGAAUCCAUCCUUCAUGAUGAUGUGCUAUACCCCGUCUGGCUCAGUAAAGAAGCUGUCAGCAUUUUAAAAGCAUUCAUGACAAAAAACCCCAAUAAGCGACUAGGCUGUGUGGCAUCCCAGAAUGGGGAAGACGCAAUUAAGCAGCAUCCAUUUUUCAAGGAAAUUGACUGGGUUCUUCUAGAACAACGAAAAAUCAAGCCACCCUUCAAACCUAGGAUUAAAACCAAAAGGGACGUAAAUAACUUUGAUCAAGACUUUACACGAGAAGAGCCAGUAUUAACGCUGGUGGAUGAGACAAUUAUAAAGCAAAUCAAUCAAGAAGAAUUUAAGGGGUUCUCUUACUUUGGAGAUGAGCUACUGCCAUAGACAACAUUAGGCUGCCAGAUGAAUGAUGCUGCAAGAAGUGGUCCUAAGAAGACCCUCAAGUUACUGAGACUCAGUAGAUCAAAAACUACUUCUCUUACUAUGAGCCUGUAUCCCUACUUAAACUAUAUAUUUAUUGAUAUGUUUUCUUUAAUCCUCUGAUCUAAAGGCACUCUUAAUUUCUGUCUCUCAAAGCAAUGCAAAAGAAUAUUGUAUCAGAAAUUGUAGAUGUAACACACUGCCAUAUUUUUUUAAUUUGCCACUUUUCUUUUACUCAUAAGACUUCCCAAAAAGGGCACAACUUGCAUCUUCUCAUGUAAUAAAAGGAACCAUGCAGUUUAAGAUGGAGACAGCAUGUCCAAUUAUUUGUCAUGAAACAUUACAUCAUUGCCAUACAUCCUUAAAUUGAGAGAGAGAAUGCAUGUUGUGCCAUUUCUUCUGUACUGGCGAUUACAAUUAAGUUUGUAUUCAAAGGUGGAGAGAUAAUUUAUAGCUUUGUCGUAAAUGAAAGUGUCUUUCUUGGAUGUGCAAUUAUUGAUCACAUAUGCUUUAACUUACUGGAGAGUAAUUGUAGUAUACAACUAUCCAGCAAAAAAGGGCACAGCUAUUUGAAGCUGCCAAAACUUUUCAUGAAAAAAUCAAAGAACUGAAACAUUUACUUAAAAAAGGAAAUCAGAUACUUUCUAGACAGAUACUAAAGGGCUAAAAUGUAACAGUAGACAGAUUCUCCAAAAACCUAUAAGAGCUUUAAUAGAUCUACAUAGGUUUUCCACAAAUUUUACAGGUAAUUGGGUAUAGAGUAGUUUAAUUACUUCCUAAUAAACUUGUACCCAAGACAAAUAUGCCAUUGAUACACAAUGAUAGGUAUGGAGGUAUUUUUAAAGUUACUUUUUUUCUUUAAAAUAUAAGAUGUUUGUAUUCCAGUGUAACAGGUCCCUAUUUAUUUUUCACAGCAGUGUGUUACUUUUGCACACUUUUACAAAACCAUAGUACUACUGUUUUAUUUUUAAUGUGUAAAAUCUUAUGAAAUCUGUGCUGUUAGAAGAACACAAACCAAGGCUAAACAUGCAUUAUGUGGAAUCAGUGUGUAAGACUGAAGAUCAAACAUUCAAAAACUGACAUUAUUGAAAGAUGUAAAUUGAUUUUCUUGUGUAUUAAUUGAAAUGGUAACUCAUGUGGACAAUACUACUAAUGUGAAGUUACCUCUUGUAGAUAUGCUAACAGUGUUAUGUACUUAUUUCCAGGAGUAUCCUGUGUUUUUGUGUACAUGUAUCGCUGAGGUCAUUUUAUUAUAUAUUUUACUGGACUGAGUGAGCAGUUAAUGGAAUCCAUUUUAAUUGUUGUUCAUGGAUUUCCAACUGCACAAAAAUAUAUAUACUUGUGAUUGGCAAAGUGGCACUAAAGAAGCUUUUUUGCCUUUUGUACAGGUGAGAUUUUGUAUAUAGUGUUUGCUGCAAAGCCUGUGGAAUUCAAUGAAUAUAGAGGUAUCAACUGCUGCAUGUUUAGGCAUAUUAUAAAAACUUUAGUCUAUGAAAGAAUAAUUAUAAUAAUGUCCAUGUGCAAUACUCUUGUAUGUGUAUUGGUUCAAGUUACUGUCAGAGAGAUGAGGUUUUUUGUUAUAAAAGAUGUAGACAUAUAUUAAGCUAUACUAAAUCUCUUGUAUAGUUCUCUUCAACUCUAUUAUGAUAUGAUAGAGCUAGGAAAGAGAAAGGAAUGUUACAAAUUGUAGUGGACAAAGUGUGAGUAAUUGGCUUUAAGCAAAUCUUGGUCUCAAGCAAAUAAGUUUGUGUCAGUUUUGCAUCUGGCUGCUCAGAGCCUGUUAUGGAUGAAAACAUUCAGUUCCAUUUUGUUUUUUUUUUAACUCAGGUGUAAUUAUUAUAUAUAUUCUGAUGAUUUCAAAAUAUUAAAUAUUAUGAUAUCAAUUCAUGUGUUGUCUGGCCUACAGGUUUAAUAAUGGAUCAAACCUUUAGAUUAAUUUAAUUUAUCUUCAGUAACUUUAUGUACUGGGAAAAGACUAGCUUCUGGAGUUGAGUACAAGCACAGAAACAAUUGCAUCAUCUCAUUUUUUUUAGGAAGGUAUGAUAAAACUGCCCACAAAUUUUCAUGCGUCACUACUGGCUGUGUGUAUUUUUCACCACAUUUCACUUUUGACAUCCAGGCAAGAACUGAUCGCAAUGCUAAAUGUUCUUUUCCAUAGGUGACUAGACUGACUAGGAAGACAAGCUAUUCCAAAGUGUACAACUGUUUGUACAAAAAUAGAGGCCUUUAUGCAAAAUGAAAAGCAUUUCUUUUUGGGGAGCACAUACAUUCCACAAAGAUUUUGAUGCGUAAACUAUUUAGUACGCUCCCAGUUCCAACAGGAAAAUCAUGAAACUGUUGUAUAACAAGAGGCCUCAGCACCUGCAUUUGUUUUGGUUAGGAUGCUAAGAGAAAAGUCAGAGAAAGAAAUUUUUUGCAUGGGCAGAUGUUUCUUCAAUACAAGUAAAUAGAACUGCACUAGGUUUACAUCAGGAGGUUUGUCUGUUACCUUGAACAUUUUUAUGUAAUUCUUAAAAAUGGACAUUCUGUUACAUUUCUGCCUAUUCUGUAAAUUUUUUCUUGCUCUCUUUUUGUGCAAAAUGCCAAAAAAAAAGAAGAAAGGAAUUCAAUGUUUCUUGUCUUCCUCUCUUACAGACUUCGUAAAGAAAUGGAAACACAUUUUUUCUCAAUAGUGUGAAAUAAAAUGAAUUCUCUCCAAAAAGGCUAAAAAAUUACCUCUUUUUAAAUUAUGUGCAGACUAGCUCUGGCUAAAUAUAAAAUGUAUUCAGUUUUAGGGGGGGUUAGAUUUUUUUUUAUUGUGACAAUUUAUUUGUACAGGUUUUUUUUUCUUAUGGAUGUAAUUUGAAUCUCUUGCCAUUCAUUAGUGUUAUUUCAUCAUAAACAUUAUUACUGUGCCAAAUGUACUGUAUUCAAAAGGAUGUGAAUGUGUAUUGUUUCAGAACCUAAUAAAUACAAUGAUGUUAAAUCUUA